GCACGUUGUCUAAAAAAAAAAGUUGCCUUGGCGCACAGCCUCCACCUCCGCUUUGCCCCUGACGCUGCAACCGCUACCGUCGCCAUGGACCCGGUCAGGUCGGCGGAACUUAGGGCGCAGCUUAAGGAAUUGAAGGCGGAGCUGAAGGAACUUAGGGCAGCCAAGGUCACCAACGGUGUCCCCUCCGAGAUCCGCGCUUUUGUCGCGGAGGUGGCGAAGAAGAAAAGGGCGGCGCUGCGGGAGGCGUACAGCAACCGCGAACCACUCAUCCUCCGUCUCAACUCCCGGCAAGACCCGUGCGCAUCACCACCAGCUUUCUCUGAAGAUGGAGAGGGAAAAGAAGCAUAAUAAAGGCCUAGGUCAGGACUGCGAUGCAAUGCCUAGCAUAGUGUGGAAGUAUUUUAUGUUUGCUCUGUUACCUGAAAUGCCUAGAUUGGUGUAAGUGGCAUAUUGUAUUGACACUGAAAUCUUACAUGUUUCGUGGGAGCUUUGCUUUGUCUUUGUGAAAUCUUACUUGUUUUGUGGAGCUUUGCAUGAGAGAAUGAGGUUGUCCUGCUUUUGGUCCAAAUGUUUCUAUUCC